CAAUGUUCUUGUGAGCAAACUUGGGAAAGAAAUCAUCCAAACACUGUCCGUGAUAAUUCUUCAGCAGCUGCUCACAAUAGAUUUUCUUUCUGCCUCCUGAGAGAUUCGUUAUGGCAGCCUGCAGUGAUCAAUGAUACCCUCUGACAAAGAUAGAUGCCAAAAAGCCAGAUGAAAACAGUGGCCUUGUUUCCUUUUUACUCCAACACAGUGAAAUGGUGCUCUUACAGUUUUAUUAUUGACUCUCAGUGGAAAAAACCUCCUGGCUGGACAGUUUCCCUCCACCCUCUCCCAGUGUUCUGAUGGAUGGCUGACUGUGACAUCAUGUAGUAGGUCCUCAAGUGUUGUCACAACUGAGUUGCAAUGGUUUUAUACACUUCCCCAUUUCCCAACAGCUUUCUGUCAAUUCUGCAUUCCUUUUCCUGGGGCCUGAUUUUCCCAUGUUAUUGGUUUGCAGAUAGGCUUGUGGCCUCUUUUGUUCCAACCACCUAUGAAAAACGUCAAAGAGCAGAUGAUCCGUGCUAUUUUCAUGCACUCUGCAUCAUUAUUACCACCCCCAUCUACUUGGCGCUGUUGGUAGCCUCUCUUCCUUUUGCUCUGAUUGGCUUCUUGUUAUGGUCCCCGCUGCAGUCAGCUAGAAGGCCAUAUAUCUACUCCAGACUGGAAGACAAGAGCCAUGCCAAUGAAGCCACGCUGCUCACUGAAUGGAAGGCUGCAGGGAACGGGAAAAGCUUCUGCUUUGGCAGUGCCAACGUUUGCCUGCUGCCAGAUUCUCUGGCGAGAUUUAAUAAUGUUUUCAAUACGCAGGCUAGGGCUAAAGAGAUUGGCCGGAGGAUCCGAAAUGGGGCAAGCAGACCGCAGAUCAAAAUAUAUAUAGAUUCUCCUACUAACACUUCCAUCAGUGCAGCAAGUUUUAGCAGUUUGGUCUCCCCGCAGGGCGGAGAUAGCACUAAUCGUACUGUCAAUGUUGGCAUGAAAAGGACAACAUCAAUGGAGUAUAAAGGAGACAAUUCUGGCUCAAACAACGGUGAGGAGAGUAGAGAUGAUAAGGCUGGAGUUGGAGAGCCAAAUGAAGGAGAAGAUAAUGCUUGCAUUGUCCGCAUAAACGGGGAGGAUAACGGCCACAUGUCAGAUGCCGAAGCAGAAACCAUCAAUGGCCAGGCUAAUGCCAGUGAUCCAGCAGAGCAGUCCCUGGAAGGUGAUGUAGAGAGCUCAAAAACACCUAACCACAAACAGAAGGAAGGUGAUUCUGGGAGUUUAGACAGCUACACUGCCUCCCGAGAGUCCUUAGUUAAGGUUCGCAUUGGAGAUGGUACAGUGGACCAAAGCACUGUCAACAACAAGCUUCUCUACAAAGCUUCGAUCAUGAAGAAGACUUCAGUGCGGAAGAAGAAACAUACAGAUGAGACCUUUGAUCAUGAGAUCUCUGCUUUCUUCCCUGCCAACUUGGACUUUCUGUGUUUGCAGGAAGUGUUUGACAAAAGGGCUGCAGAGAAAUUGAAAGAGCAGCUUCAUCACUAUUUUGAAUACAUUAUCUACGAUGUUGGGGUCUACAGUUGCCAUGGCUGCUGUAGCUUUAAGUUUGUGAACAGUGGUCUGCUUUUUGCCAGCCGCUAUCCUAUUAUGGAUGCUGCGUAUCACUGUUACCCCAAUGGAAAAGGAACGGACUCCUUGGCUUCCAAGGGAGCCUUGUUUCUCAAGGUGCAAGUGGGAAGUACACCUCAGGACCAAAGAAUUGUGGGAUAUAUUUCCUGUACUCACUUGCAAGCUAUUGCAGGAGAUACUACUGUUCGAUGUGAGCAACUGGAUAUGCUUCAAGAUUGGCUGUCUGAAUUCAGAAAAUCUACCUCCUCCUCCAGCACAGCCAAUCCAGAGGAGCUGGUGGCUUUUGAUGUAAUCUGUGGAGAUCUCAACUUCGAUAACUGCUCCUCUGAGGACAAGCUGGAGCAACAGCAUUCUCUGUUUACACACUACAAAGACCCGUGUCGAAUUGGUCCUGGGGAGGAUAAACCAUGGGCAAUCGGUACCUUGUUGGAUCCCGAAGGAUUGUAUGAUGAAGAAGUGUGCACUCCAGAUAAUCUGCAGAAGGUGCUGGAAAGUGAAGAAGGAAGGAAAGGCUACUUAGUCUAUCCCACCAGCAAGAACCACAGUUCCAGUCAAAAGGGGAGGAAGGCAUCAUUGAAAGGAAAUGGGAGGAGAAUUGACUAUAUGCUUUAUACAGAGGAAGGUCUCUACCUGGAAUGGAAAGUGGAAGUGGAAGAGUUCAGCUUUAUUACCCAGUUAGCAGGCUUGACAGACCACCUACCAGUAGCAAUGCGUCUAAUGGUGUCUACGGGAGAAGAUGACCCUUAAAACUGACCAGCUUUGAGAGAUUAGAAGAGGGAAACAUUAACGAUAUUUAAAAAAAAAAUAUCAGAACAUAAGAAAGAACUAUUCUGGUGCCACGUUAAGAAAGAUGACCAGACCUGACCCAGGCUGCGCUCCAGAAUGUACCAACACUAGAGGAUAUAAAAAGGGAAGAAAUUGAAGGGGUUGUGGCCAAAAACCACUGUCACAAGUUGCUCAGGCAACAGGGCAGGCCUGUAUUACAAUGCUUUCACUGUGGACCGAAAGGAACCAAGAUGGAAGUCCUAAUUCCUUCUGAACCAGUGCCAUUCUUAUUAAAACAUGUUUUUAUACUAAUAUAUAGCACAAUUUAGUUUGUAAUUAGUCUGUGAGUUAGUGCUGCUCAAUGGUUUUUUGCCUAAUUUCUUUGUAUAACUAAGAAGCUAAAGCUUUUUUCUUUUUUAGCCUGUUAACGUUGUAGUAGCGUGCUUGCAUCAGCAUGCGCUCGCACUGCAUGCCACUCAGAUAAAAUAGUAAGAUACCAUGGGGAAAAUAAGAAUGGAAGUGAAUUCAAAAAUCAGAAACCAGCAAACGUUAAGGCAUUCUGGGACUGGCAAACCCUUCUGUCAUUACAGACAGAUCUUAAAACAAAAAAAGUCUAUUCAAUUUGCAGACCGAUAGUCUCCUCUCUGAUUUAAGGAUGCUUAAAAAUUAGGAAUUGGACCUUAAAACACAGUUCUACCAUCCUAUUCUCACUGUGUUCCCAUUACAAUUAUGAAGUGUUUUGUCUGAAUAAUGACUCCAGAAUUGGGCCUUUAGUUUUCUAAGCACAAGUUAGUCUUUGAGGAAGAAAUAUAGUUCCCCUGUAAUGUCUUUUUAUUUCUUUCCCAUAUGUGAGGCAGUUCUGAAUUAUGGUAUGGGACGAUAUAUAGUGUUACAGCAGAAUGAAUAGAUUCCUGUAGUACCAUUGGUAACAUCAGAGUCAACAUUCUGCCUUGACUAGAAAGAGUAAAUGGGAAAUAGCUUGUAAAAAAUGCAUGCUAGAUAUAGAGUUAAAAUAAACAUAAGUGACAUUUUUGGAAAACGGCGCAUGACUGAUAAGG